CGAACUAUACGAGGAAAACUGUUCCUUCAACACAACACAACACAACACAACAACAAUCUUUGUUUGUCGAUCGAUGCAUGCAUGGCUGAAGUUUACACUCUAGUUGUCAGGAAACCCUGUUUUGGUCUUCCAACUGGUUGCCCUCAAUGUCUCUCUUCUCUCAUCUAUCUCAAUUUCUCUCAAAUUCCCUUCCAAUUAGAUUUCCACGUUAAUCACCCACAUUCCGAUAAAAUUCCUUACAUUGAGGUUGGUGAUGAUUAUGUGGCAUAUAAUAAUGAGAUUGAAGGGAUAAUUGAGUGUUUGAAGAAAGAUGUUGGUGUUGUUGAUUUAGAUAGUGAAGUUUCUUCACUUCCUGAUUGGAUAUCAAUCAAAGCAAUUCUCACAACUUGGCUUCAUGAUGCACUUACAUAUGAACUUUGGGUUGGAUCUGAUGGUUCUUCUGCUAAUAGUAUCUAUUAUUCUGAUCUUCCUUGGCCCUUAGGGAAGAUUCUCUAUUCGCAUAAAGUGCGUUGGGUGAAACUGAAGCAUGGGAUUACUGAUGACAAUGCUGUAGUCAAGAAAGAAGAGAUUUAUGAGAGGGCAAACUCUGCUUAUGGUGCUCUAUCUAAAUUGUUAGGCGAAAAGAACUACCUAUUUGAUGAGAGCAGGCCAUCAAGUUUGGAUGCAAUUUUUCUUGCCCAUGGACUUGUUGCUCUUCAAGCUUUACCAGAAUCUUCAACGCUGCGGAUCAAAUUUUCGGAACAUGAUAAUUUAGUUAGAUAUGUGCACAAAUGUAAGACUGAACUUAAAGAUGCUGGCACAUCUCCCCCCUCUGCUCCAUCUGGUUCCAGAAGUCAAUCUACUCAGAGACCAAAGUCUAAGAGCAUACCCAAAAGGGAGAAAACAAAGGAGGAGAAAACCCUUAAAAGGAAGGGUAAAUAUUUUGUGGCAGCACAGUUGGUUGCAGUUGUUGUUUUUCUGACUCUUAUGGUGACAUUUGACAUUACUGAAGGAGAGGUAGAAGAUGUUGAUGCUGGUGAAUAUUGAAUAAAGAUCCACUGAUUUGUUUAUCUUCCUCUCAAUUACAAAGCAUAAAACAAGUGUCUCAUACAAUUUUUUUACUGUGCAAUUUUGAAAAUGGUAAAAUUAUCAUUCAUUAUUACUAUCUACAUAUGGUCUAAUUUUUUGUAUACACAAGUUGGAUAAAACAUUUUCAUCAUGAGCUGUAAGAAUUGGGUUAAGGCUUAAAUAAGUUUUAGCUUUAGAUUUUAAAUUAAAUUACUUGCUUUAGAGAAAUUCAAUCUAAUGAAAAGGGCUGAUAUAUUA